AGUCAAAACGAAAUAUAUGAUGCUAGGAGAAACCCAUCAUCCCAAUCCAACGAUUCAUAUUCCGACUUGGCCUUAUAUAGAUGAUCUGACGGCGGAAAACCACUUCGGCGAUAUCAGCAACCCGUUCGUCCUCCGGGAAGCGUUAGCGUCGCUGCAAUGUUACUUGCCGUGGGAGGAACCGGAUGUUGAGUUGAAUUCUGAUGAGCUCUCGGGUUUAGACAACCCGGAUUCUCCGGUUGAUGCUUACUCGUGCGAUCAUUUCCGAAUGUUUGAGUUCAAAGUUCGGCGGUGCGUGCGUGGCCGGUCGCAUGACUGGACCGAGUGUCCGUACGCUCAUCUCGGCGAAAAAGCUCGCCGGAGGGACCCGAGGAAGUUUCAUUACUCAGGUACGGCUUGCUCCGAUUUCAAGAAAGGGAACUGUCGGAAAGGGGAUUCUUGCGAGUUCGCUCAUGGGGUUUUCGAGAGCUGGCUCCACCCGGCUCGUUACCGCACUCUGCCGUGUAAAGACGGGUCGGGUUGUCGGCGUCGGGUUUGUUUCUUUGCUCAUACUCCGGAGCAGCUUAGGGUCGUCAACUUUGCUGGUUCUCAUGAUAGUUUACCGGCCGAGUCUUCACCGCCGGUUUUGCCUAUGGCUCAGUCGCCUAGUUGUUCUCUCUGCUCGGCGCCAUCCAUUAACACUAUGGUGGCUUCUUGGAGGAACAUUCAGCUUGGUAAGGUCAAGUCUUUGCCUUCAUCUGGUUUAGGGUCUCCCAGAGUGAUCCGACCCUGUUUAAGUAGCCUACCUAACACUCCGACCCGAAACGUGCCCCGUCCUGGAUUUGGGUACUUGGAUUUCCGGGAUGAAAGUUGUGAAGAAGAGCCGGUGAUGGAAAGAGUCGAGUCGGGAAAGCAUUUGCGUUCAAAAAUGUUCGAGAAACUGAGUAAAGAGAACUCUUUGGAGAGGGUUAACUCGGGGGGAGAUCCGGCUGUGGAUUGGGUUUCCGACCUGGUGAACUGAGCAAGCUCGCUCGGGUUAAAUAUUCUUCGUUACUCAAGUUUCUUCUCUAUGUAAAUAGUUCCACAAGGAUAAGUGAAGAAAAUAAUAUUAU